AUGGCGGCUAGAAAAGAAGCUGAACGGAUCAAGGGUCCAUGGAGCCCCGAGGAAGACGAGUCACUACAGCGACUGGUCCAGAGCUACGGCCCGAGAAACUGGUCUCUCAUAAGCAAAUCGAUCCCCGGGAGGUCGGGGAAAUCGUGCCGGCUGCGGUGGUGCAACCAGCUCUCCCCUGAGGUCGAGCACCGGCCGUUCAGCCCCGAAGAGGACGACACAAUCAUCAAGGCCCACGCGCGGUUCGGAAACAAGUGGGCCACAAUCGCCCGCCUCCUCAACGGCCGCACCGAUAACGCGAUCAAGAACCACUGGAACUCCACCCUCAAGAGAAAAUGCUCUUCGAUGACUGAGGAUUUGGAUUCCCCGGACGAAAAGCCGCUCAAGAGAUCCGCCAGCCUCGGCGCCGGGACCAAUUUCUCGGGUCUCUACUUGAACCCGAACAGCCCCUCCGGAUCCGAGCUCAGCGACUCCAGUCUUCCCGGUAACAAUGCUUCUUCCUCCCCUGUCUACCGCCCGCUGGCCAGGACGGCGUCGUUGAUCCCUCCGACUCUCUCCAUGGAUGUGUGUUCUCCUUCUCCCUCGAUAAGGGAUCCCCCAACCUCGCUCAGCCUGUCUCUGCCAGGAUCCGACCCGCUUGAAAAUCCGAACCAACUGACCAGGUCCGGAUCCGGGUCGGGUCUCGGAUCUGGUAGCCCGACAAAUCCCCCUCAACUCCCCGUCCUCGCACUACCACCACCGGUGCCAGCCCCCCAACUUCCCAUCCUUGCACUACCACCGCCGGUGCCAGCUCCGGCAGUGCAGCAGGAGGAGGCGGCGGGUGAAGAGAAGGGGGAGUUGGGGUACGAGAAGCAGUUCUUCAAUCCGGAGUUUCUGGCGGUUAUGCAGGAGAUGGUGAGGAAGGAGGUGAGGAGUUACAUGUCCGGGAUUGAGCAGAAGGGGAUGUGUUUCCAGGCGGAAGCCAUAAGGAACGCUGUGGUUAAGCGAAUUGGGAUUAACAGGGUCGAUUGA